UUUUGACUUUUAUGUGGCGUUCGUCGAACUCGACGAUCAGCGUCAAUUUUACUUUUAAUUGUUACUAAGUACUAAAGUACAUGUAACUGUUCUGUGAAGGGCACUUUGAAUUUUCAUUAGCGAUAUAAGCAUCUUAAACUUCAUUGUAAUUAUUACUAAAUAACCGUCAAGUUUGUUAAGCAAAAAUAUGAGGGGUCGUGGUUCGUUCAGAGGAUCAUCUCAGAGAAGCCAUGGCCGAGAAUCGAACGCGCAAGGCGGUCCUUUAAUUACCAGUCAUCUAAGGGAAUUAGAUAUCGAACUGGAGAUUUUGAAAAGGAAAAGGGAUAUGAUACAACAGGAGCAUGAGCUGCUCCAUCGUGAGCGCCAAUUUAAUCUAAAGAGGCAGUACCAACAAGAACCUUGUAGCUCCUAUAGCCAGAACUCUUACAGGGCGGACUAUGAUAGUUCGAACUACUAUAGACCUCAAGGCAAUAAACGCCAGGCUGUAGAACCUCCGCUCUCGCGGCGAUAUGAACCGCCGCAAAGAGUCGAGCCAUGGGCGCAUAAUAAUACUGAACCCAAACCUAAAAACUACAACAAUCCUAAACCACAACCACAACCACUCCUCAGUCUUUUCAUGGACCCGCAAAAGCUGAACUUCAAAAAUUCCAAGCCCGCUCACCCGAAUCGACAAAACGCAAAGCCGAUUCCGAAAUCUCUGCCGCCGCGUAAAGAUUUCAAUCCAACUAAAGUUACCAAACCGAAAUUGCGCACUCCCUAUAUACAAAAACAGCAAACGGAGGGACCAACCAAAAACUUGCCGCUUGUCGGUGACGACUUGAUUCUGCAACCCAAUGUAAAACCGUCCCCGCAAAUGAACGGGCGUUUGGAAUUAGCUCUGGGGUCAAUUAUGAAAGAUAUAAAACAAUUCGAACCCACCAUAACGAACCCCUCCAUGACGUUCUAUGUCCUAAAAAUGAUUAAGAAGAUAAUCAGAGGUCGGAUUCGAGGCGUCAUGACGGGCAAGGUGGUCGGGCACGUAACGGAUAUUGUCGAUACAUAUCGCAAAAAAUAUCCGAAAGACACUGACGCCGAAUUGUUUGAACUCGGCAAACAAGCUCACAACUACAACCUUUCUUCCUUGGGCGAAAAGUCAUGCCUUGAUUCAUCAGAGGAACCAAAGAAAUAUUUUAAGAUGAAUAUCACUAAGUUGCUCAGCAAGAAGUUGGAAGAAAUCUUUACGCAUGCAAAAAAUAUGUACGCUGAUAAGGACAAUGCUAAUGUGAUUUUGAAACAAAUGAAUCAUGUUGCUGAUUUAACUGAGACAAAGGUUGAUAACGCGAAUGCAGAUAGCACUCAAGAAUCAAUGGAGAAAGAGAAAAAUGACACUGAAUUAAUUGAAAAAAAUAUAGCGAAAGCCGAGGCGUACGCGAAGCUAAUGGAAGCUCUAAUUGAAGAUAAGUUGCCUAAGCUAUUGCCUAGGUUUAAACAAAAUAUAGUAUCUGUAUUAGAUGUGGACAAGGAGUACAACGAUUCAAAAGCAAUAAUUGAAGAGGAGACAAUAAAAUUGGCUGUUAAGUUGAUGACAAAUAAAGUCGAUCUUACUGAAGCAAAGGCCAUCGAAGCGAUCAAAAACGAUACAGAGAUGGCGUCCGAAUCACCCAAAGUUGAUCUCUGUCAAGAAGAAGAGACAAAAAUAAACGAGAAGUCUGAUAAUACAGAAACAUCAGCUGUCAAAGUGGACUUGCCACUUGUUCAAAAUUCGGAAAUUGUGGCUAAUACUCCAGAAAAUUCAUCUGUCAAGUCGCUCCCUAAAAACAGUGCAACACCAAAUGCAACUACGCCUGCUAAAAUUAUUGAUUACCCAUACUUUGUGAAGCUUAUUGGUCGUCCAGAAUUACCAUCACGCCAAGCCGUAUACGACUUCUUGCAACAAUUUAAACCAGCCAGUAUUAAGAAGCACAAGACUGUCAGUAAUUUGUUGGUGCUGGGUUUCAAUGAAAAAGAUGGAUAUGAUAAGAUACUUGAAGCAAGUGGUACUGCAAUUGGUACCAACACAAUGAUCGCAAAGGCGAGUGAAAAGGUUGCCACAACACCACAGAACACGCCAGUGCGGAACGAAGCAGACAAGAGUGUCGAUAAAGUAGAUAAAACUGAGAAAACGGAACCAGAGAAAAAUAAAGAAACAUCACUUGAUGCAAACACAACUGCUACAAAUUUACAUCCAUCUAAUUUAGACAAACAAAUUACAAAUUUACUUACAACAAUCAGACAAACGGACGAGCACAACGCAUCUGAGAGUGCUAAGAUAAACACUGAAUCUCAAGACAUGGAGGAAAAGCAAGAUGAUAAAAGUUGCGAUGACGCCACAAUUGCUGUAGAUACCACUACACCUAGUACUAAUAAAGCUGUAACAAUGGAAACCAUUGCUGAAGUGGAAGAAAAAACUGGAGACAGGGAAGACGAAAAUAAGACGAUUGAUAAUAAAAUAACGCCAGUCGAAAGUAAAGAAAUAACACCAAAUGACAAUGAAGAUGAUAUUACAAUUGAUAAUGGCGAAAAAAAUGGCGAUACUUUCAAAGAAGAAAUUGCAAGCGAAGGUGAUAAAGAUCCUAAAAGUAGUUUGAAGGAGUCUGGUCGAGCAACUCCUACUAGAGCUUCGGCUAGAUUGGCUACUGUCACACCAAGUUCUAUUAAAACUAGGCGAGCUAGUAGACUUGCGCUUAACAAUCAGUAGAAUACGUUAUUAUUAAAAUAAUUUUGUCACAAACAUGGAACUUUUUUCAAUACAUUAAAGCCUGUAUAGGAAAUAUUUCUUGAACUGAUUAUUUGUGUUAUUACAUUAUUUUGGUCACA